AUGGAAGCGAGCCAGCAGGGAGCAGAGGGCGAGACCGCCACACAGGGCUCGAAACCGGUCGUCUGUUUCCUUGGUCCCGUCACAUCUUAUACACACCAGGCGGCAAUGCAGACCUUCUCGCCCGAUAGGUACGAGCUGCUGCCUGUCGUGACUAUCAAGGGUAUGUGCCUCCUGCUCCACGCUGCUGGUCGGGCUCACGACUGGGGACGGCGAACAACAGAUGUCUUCGAGACCACCCAGUCCGGCCGCGCCGCCUACGGCGUGGUCCCGUUUGAGAACUCGACCAACGGCUCCGUGGUCUUCACCCUGGACCACUUCGCGGACCGCGAGGGCCGGUACGGCGACCUCUCCGUGUGCGGCGAGGCGUACCUGGACGUGCACCACUGCCUCCUAGGCCGCCUUCCCAACGCUGCCGCUGCAGACGGUGCGGGUCCCGAGUCGUCCUCGCUGCCAGCGGGUCCGAAGGGACAGCCGCUGGCGAGCCUCGCCCACGUCCAGCGCAUCUACAGCCACCCGCAGGCCUGGGGCCAGUGCACGCGCUUCAUGGGCGCGCACCUCCGGGGCAUCGAGACCAUCGACGUCAGCUCGACGAGCCGGGCCGCCGAGCUCGCGGCCACGGACGCCUCCGGGACCAGCGCCGCCAUCAGCAGUGCGCUGGCCGGCGAGGCCAACGGGCUCGGGUUCCUGGCGCGCGACAUCGAGGACCGCGACGACAACACGACGCGGUUCUUCGUCCUGAGGAAGCUGGGUGCCGAUGCUGAUGCCGCCGGCGAUGAUGCCGGCGAUGCGUGGUGGAGGCGGCCGGCGGGGCGCAAGACCAAGUCGCUGGCCUCGUUCACGGUGCCGCACACGGCGCCCGGGGCGCUGGCGGGCGUGCUCGAGUGCUUCCGCCAGGGCGGGCUGAACCUGACCAGCAUCAACAGCCGGCCCAGCCUGAUCGAGCCCUUCCAGUACGUCUUCUUCGUCGAGUUCGAGGGCCACCGGCUCGAGGACCCCAACGGCCGCGUCCGGGACGUGCUCGAGGGCGUGGGCCGCGUCGCGCAGAGCUGGCGGUGGCUGGGCAGCUGGGUGAACAUGAGGGUGUGA